AUGUUCUUUCAUCGUUGUCUCACUGUUUCUCUGGCUACUGUGGUAGCAGCCAAUCGGAACAUCUCCGUUACAGGAACUCCAUGCGCCUGUACGCAGCUUGAGUCGUUCUACCCGGACAAGCUUCUCCUCCCAUCAGCUGCAAGGUACACAGUCGAAGCUACCAGCUACUGGGAUAUCCGGAGUGACCUCCACCCCUCCUGUAUCUUCCUCCCAACUACUGCUGAAGAAGUUGCAAACGCCGUGAAGAUCCUCACCCACUGUGAUGCGCACUUUGCCGUCCGCGGCGGUGGACAUAUGAAUUUUCCUGGAGCCAACAACAUCGACAACGGCGUGCUCAUCGCAUUGUCCGGAUUGAACAAGUUCACCGUCUACAACGGGACCAUAGACGUUGGACCAGGCAUGACCUGGUACGACGUCUACUCUGCCCUCGACCCCUACGGACGGAUCGCCAUCGGCGGCCGUCUGAAGACCAUCGGCGUACCUGGCCUCACUCUUAUCGGUGGCGUGCAUUAUUUUAUCAACAAGUACGGGUUUGCCAUGGACAACGUCGUCCGGUACGAGGUGGUGUUGGGGAACGGGACGCAGGUCGUCGCAUCGGCGAACUCGCACCCGGAUUUAUUCUGGGCAUUGAAAGGAGGUGCGAAUAAUUUCGGGAUCGUAACCAAGUUUACUCUGAAGACGUUUGCAAUUCCGAAGAUCAGUACCACACUCCAGAGCUUCAAUGAAUCCGGGAUCUAUGACUAUAUCACAGCGCUAUGUGAUCUGGUCAAGCUUGAUGAGCCAAAUCCCAUUGCAGCAGGGGGUGUCUUCACGAUCGAUUAUAAUGUGACCACGAAGGUGUCUUCGGCUUCGCUGAUUGGGGUGCAGGAAGGCAUUAGCCGGCCUCCGUCGCAGUUCGCCAAUUUCACUGCUCUCCCUGGCAUGUCAAAGGUGCACAAUGUGACGACUGGGAAACAGUUUGCUUCGGGACUGGUUACCCCGAAUCAGAUGUUCCGUGUCAUGUUCUCUCACCAUACAGUACAGCCCGACCCCGAGACCCUCUACUCCAUCUAUCAAGCGUGGAAGACAGCGGUUGAUGAGAUAGCCGACGUGAAAGGCCUCUACCCAACCUUUGUCAUGAAUCUCUCUCCAGCAGGCGCGGCACGAGUAGGCAGGACUAAUGGGAUCGGAAAUGUGUGGGGCCUGGACGAACAGCCCAUGAUCUGGUGGCAAUUCAGUACAGGCUGGGACCUUGCGUCUGACGAUAUCCGCGUGCAGACCUGGUCGCGUCGACUCACAGAGUCUCUGCACGCCAUCAACAGGGAGAAAGGGAUCAGCUCUGAGUUCGUGUAUAUGGGCGAUGCGGGCGAAUGGCAGGAUCCGUUUGUGGGGUUCCCUGCAGCCAAUGUGCGACGGAUGAAGGCAGUUAGAUCUGCCUACGAUCCUCUGGGGACCUUCUCAAGGCUGAACUGGGGUGGGUUCAAGCUUGGGUUUGACUAG